AUGGCCGACCCAUUAAGCAUCUCCGCCUCGAUCCUUGCAGUAGUCACUGCUUCAGUGGUGUCGGUCAAGUCUCUUAAAGAGGCGGUCGAGCGUUACAGAGGUCGGGACGAAACCCUUCGUCGGCUCAUUGCUCAGCUUGAGGACCUCAUUAGUGUUUUGGACACUCUUGAGAAGAUUUCGCAGGUUGAAGCGUCCAUGCUUGCCCUCCUGAAGGGUCCUGUCGAGCGAUGUAGGCAGUUGUGCCAGGCUUUUGAGGUGGUCAUGACAGACUUCGCCGGGAAGUCGUCGACAGGCUUCCGAGACUGGGCGAAAAUGGAAUUCAAGAAGGGAGACAUCAACGAAUUCAUGAGAACUCUUUCCGGGUACACAUCGACGAUUUCAAUCGGGCUGGGAACCAUUACGUUACAAAAUUCUAAAACCACAUGCGAUGUCCUUGAGAAGUACAGCGAGAUGGUUCAAGAUACCACAUAUAACCUCAAUGUUCAGCUGCAGCGCAUCAACGAGAAGAUGGGGCGGUUUCCUUCGGAAGAGCCAGACACCACCAUAUCGGACUUCAGAGACGAAAGCACAGUUAUCAAGCACUGCAUUGGUAUCUGCGAGGAAGCGAUGUCCCGUAUUGGAUCAAUGAUCGACCGUGAAAGACGGGUGUAUUCAGCCGCACUCUCAGAACAGGCCGCGGCAGACGCUACCUCAACCCACCCUAAGCUUUUCCAGGCUCACGAGGAGACCCGUGAAAUGCUAGAGAACAAUCGUGACAGCAUUGCUAAAUUCCUCGGGCGGCUGCAAGAACGGCUUAGCUCCCUGGCAAUGGAACAACACCCUGACUCAGAGCGAAGGAAAAUGCAGUUAGAGAAAGACAUCAGAGCUUUGGAAGACAGUCUAGAGGUGUGCAGAAUCGCCAGUACCGAGGUGAGCCGUCAAAAGGUACACACGUUCGGGGAAGUCGUCGCCGAAGGUAAAAGCGAUCAGGUCGUGGUCACGACUUUGGCAGACCUUUUCAACGUUGGGAAGGCGAUAGCCAAGGACAACUCAGGGCAGCUCAUCGGCUCGAUGGCUGGUGCCGAGCUGAUUCAGCUGUCCAAGGAUCGGUACAGCAGCCUGCGUUUUAGUGCUGCCGAUAUGUCGCGAGUUAACCUAAUGCCUCCACUCACGAAGAAUAGUGAACUUCGUGUUCCUGGCCAAGAGGUGAACGACCAACAGCCGGGGCCGAGGGUGAGCUCUUCUAAAGCAAAUCCCAACGAAACGAAGAAGCGGACCAUUUAA